AUGGCACGAAUUAAAGAAUGGGUCGAGAAGUUGGAGGUGCCAUCAGAGCCCGGCCUGACCAACACACAAUUGAUGUUGACGAACCAUGACUUGCGGCCAGUCGAACCCGAGCGUCGUCAAUGGAAAUGGUUCAACUUUGUCGCCUUCUGGAUUGCAGACUCCUUGAAUAUUAAUACGUGGAUGAUCUCGUCAUCGAUGAUCGUUGAUGGUUUGUCGUGGUGGCAGGCAUGGAUUUGCGUCUGGGUCGGAUACUUCAUUGCUGCCUGUUUUGUAUGCUUGACUGGUCGCAUCGGUGCCGUUUACCACAUUUCCUUCCCAGUGGUCUGUCGAUCCACAUUCGGAGUUUGGGGAUCGCUCUGGCCGGUGUUCAAUCGAGCUGCAAUGGCGGUUAUUUGGUACGGUGUUCAGGGUUACAUCGGAGGCCAGUGUGUGACAUUAAUGAUCAGCUCGAUCUGGCCUAGUUACAAUCGUCUACCCAACACCAUUCCCGCCAGUUCGGGCGUUACAACCAGGGACUUCGUGAGCUUUUUCCUCUUUUGGCUACUCUCCCUACCAGCCCUGUGGUUUCCUGUUCACAAAAUCCGACAUCUCUUUACCGUCAAGGCAAUCUAUUCACCGAUUGCGGCUAUCGCUUUCUUCGCCUGGGCCAUCGCACGCGCCAAGGGCCUGGGGCCCAUUGUGCAUCAGCCACACACCGUACACGGCAGUGCGCUGGCGUGGGCGGUGGUGAAGUCGAUUAUGAGCUGCCUGGGUAAUUUUGCAACGCUGAUUGUGAACGAUCCCGACUUUUCGAGGUUCGCCCGGAAACCAAAGGAUGCACUGUGGGCUCAGCUUCUGACCAUUCCCAUCGGCUUUGGAGUCACGUCCUUCAUCGGUAUCAUUGCGUCCUCAUCUUCGGCGGUUAUCUUUGGCGGAGAGAUGGUGUGGAACCCUCUAGACCUGUUGGGCAAAUUCCAGGUUGGUGCCAGCUCAGCGGAGCGAUUUGGGAUCUUUGUGAUUUCUACAGGGUUUGCUUUAGCUCAGUUGGGGACGAACAUCUCUGCAAACUCCGUUUCCGCAGGUACAGAUCUGACCGCAUUGCUUCCGCGGUAUCUUACGAUCCGGCGCGGAAGCUAUAUCUGCGCCGCUGUUGGUCUGGCUAUGAAUCCGUGGAACCUCGUGGCCUCAUCCAACAGUUUCACGACUUAUCUCUCAGCCUAUUCAAUCUUCCUUUCUUCCAUCGCGGGUCCCAUGCUUUGUGACUAUUACAUCGUCCGCAAGGGCUAUCUGCGCGUGAAAGAACUAUACACUGCGCAGGAGGGCUCCGCAUACCGAUUUGUCUACGGCUUCUCGUGGCAGGCAUACGCCUCGUAUAUAGCAGGAAUCCUCGUCAAUAUCGUCGGCUUCGCUGGUGCCGUCGGACGCAAGGUGCCCGUGGGCGCCCAAUACAUAUACAACGUUAACUACUUCUCGGGAAUAGUGGUGUCUGCUCUCAUGUACUACAUCCUAACUCGGUUCUUCCCCGUUCCCGCGACCAGCUCCACCUGGUCAGAAGCCGAUCAGGAUGUGGACAGCCUGUCUAUUGCGUACGGGCAGGAAGUAGACGCGUACGAUGUACCGGAACCGGUGAAGGCAGAUUCUCUAAAUUAUGGCACGCUCCAGGAGCGGAAAGGACCGAAGGCUGGGUCAUCGGCCGCUGUAUGA